GCUGUAGCCUUUCGCCGCCAUCUCUGCCUCCUUCCUUCUGAGGGAUCCUGAAACCUUGUCAUGGAAAAGUACCACGUGCUGGAGAUGAUUGGAGAAGGCUCUUUUGGGAGGGUGUACAAGGGUCGAAGAAAAUACAGUGCUCAGGUGUUGAACAAAGAGGGAUAUUUUUUGGGUGGGAUUCUGUACCUCUGCCCCCCACCCCAACUCCAAGAGAGGGGAGGGAGGAUCAGUGAAAAAAGGAGGCCAGAAGAGAAGCAUUCGUACUGACCCAUUUUCCUAAGGCACUUCUUAGGAGUGUAGGCUCUGGAGUUAGAUUGCCUGGGUUCAAAUCCUGGCACCACCAUGUUCUAGCUUUAGAACUAUGGACCACUUACUUAAUUUCUGUUUCCUUACCUAUAAAAUGGGGAUAAGAAUGUUAUCUAAUUGAUGGGGUUUGGAGAUUAAAUGUGAUAAGUCACACUAAAUCACUUAGUUCAGUGCCUGGCACCUAGUAACAACUAAUAAAUAUUAGUUAUUAUUAUUAUUAAUCUCUGUCAUGCAGGAAGAGAUAAGCCACCCAAACUCUUCUUCCCUCCUCAUUUCAUCCUUCCUUUUCUCCUAAAUCCCAUGAAUCUUGUGGCCUUUACCCAAAUCAGAACACCUCUCCCAGAAUCUACCUUUUUCCUAAGUUUGUCCUAGGUAACCAAAGGGAUCUGCCUGACAGAGGCUGUUUCCUCCUGGGGUGAGGGGUGGAGGAAGUCUGGGUAAGGCCAGAGAACCCUGGAGGAAGUGGAGACGGGAGACCAGCAGGUGGUGGCCCUGAAGUUCAUUCCAAAAUUGGGGCGCUCAGAGAAGGAGCUGAGGAACCUGCAACGAGAAAUUGAAAUCAUGCGGGGUCUGCGACAUCCCAACAUAGUGCACAUGCUUGACAGCUUUGAGACUGACAAAGAGGUGGUGGUGGUGACAGACUAUGCUGAGGGAGAGCUCUUUCAGAUUCUGGAAGAUGAUGGGAAACUUCCUGAAGGCCAGGUCCAGGCCAUUGCUGCCCAGUUGGUAUCGGCCCUGUACUAUCUGCACUCCCACCGCAUCCUGCACCGAGACAUGAAGCCUCAGAAUAUCCUCCUUGCCAAGGGUGGUGGCAUCAAGCUCUGUGACUUUGGAUUUGCUCGAGCUAUGAGCACCAAUACAAUGGUGCUGACCUCCAUCAAAGGCACACCACUCUAUAUGUCUCCAGAGCUGGUGGAGGAGCGACCAUAUGACCACACAGCAGACCUCUGGUCUGUGGGCUGCAUUCUGUAUGAGCUGGCUGUAGGCAACCCUCCAUUCUAUACCACAAGCAUCUUCCAGUUGGUCAGCCUCAUUCUCAAGGACCCUGUGCGCUGGCCUGCCACUAUUAGCCCCUGCUUCAAGAACUUCCUGCAGGGACUGCUCACCAAGGACCCCCGGCAGCGUCUGUCCUGGCCAGACCUGUUACAUCAUCCCUUCAUUGCUGGCCGUGUUACCAUAAUAACCGAACCAGCAGUUCCUGAUUUGGGUACCCCAUUUACCAGUCGCCUACCCCCAGAACUUCAGGUCCUAAAGGAUGAACAGGCCCAUCGGCUGGCCCCUAAGGGUAAUCAGUCCCGCAUCUUGCGUCAGGCCUGUAAGCGCAUGGCUGAGGAAGCGAAGCAGAAGAAACAACAGAACACAGAACCUGCCCUUGACCAAGAGGACGGGAUCAGCAAGGUGGCAUCUGGCACAGCCCUACUGCCCAACCUAAGGGCCACCCUUCAGGAACCAGACCUAUUAGCUGGGAUCGUGGCCUCAGAGAUGAAGAACAACUGGGCUGAGUUGGGGACCGGGGAGGCCUCCCCUACACUUUGGGAACACCGCGUCACCCUGGAUUGUGAACCAGCAUUCCCAGAGCAGAGGCCAGAGGUGGUGGGCCGGAGGAGCAUUGAUGGAGUGGACCUAGAAAAUGAGGAGCCAGACAGUGAUGAUGAAUGGCAACACCUGCUGGAGACCACUGAGCCUGUGCCCAUUCAACUGAAGGCCCCUCUCAUUCUGCUGUGCAAUCCUGACUUCUGCCAGCGCGUCCAGAGUCAGCUGCAAGAGGCUGGAGGACAGAUCCUGAAAGGCAUCCUAGGGGGUGUGUCCCUCAUCCUCCCUGUGCUCCGUGUCCUUGGCAGUCUUCUGUCCAGCUGCAGUGACUACGUUCCCUUGUAUUCCUUCUGCCGUGAGGUAGGGUUGCCUGGGCUGCUACUCAGCUUACUCAGACACAGCCAGGAGAGCAAAAGCCUCCAGCAGCAAUCUUGGUAUGCAGCCUUCUUACGGGACCUAAUGGCUGUGAUUCAGGCCUAUUUUGCUUGCACCUUCAAUCUCGAGAGGAGCCAGACAAAUGACAGCCUGCAGGUGUUUCAGGAGGCUGCCAACCUCUUUCUAGACCUGCUGGGGAAACUGCUGGCCCAAACAGAUGACUCUGAGCAGACUUUGCGGAGGGACAGCCUUAUGUGUUUUACUGUUCUGUGUGAAGCCAUGGACGGGAGUAGCCAAGCCAACUCCAAGGCCUUUUACUCCCGCCUGCUGACUACACAGCGGGCUGUGUUGGAUGGGCUGCUCCAUAGUGUGACAGUUCCACAAUUCCCUUUCCACACACCUCCAGGAGUCCCACAAGUGAGCCAGCCGCUGCGGGAACAGAAUGAGGAUCUGCCUGGAGCUGUUUCCUCUGCGCUGGCAGCCAUGUGUACUGCUCCUGUGGGGCUGCCUGGGUGCUGGGAAGCCAAGGAGCAGGUCUCUCGGCAUUUGGCAAAUCAGUUGACCGAAGACAGCAACCAGCUGUGGCCAUCCCUCAUCUCAGGGCUGCAGCAUCCCAUCCUGUGCCUACAUCUUCUCAAGGUUCUCUAUUCCUGCUGCUGUGUCAGUGAACGCUUGUGCCAUCUUCUGGGGCAAGAGCCCCUGGCCUUGGAGUCACUGUUGAAGUUGGUCCAGGGCAAGGUAAAAGUAGCAGAUUGGGAAGAGUCUACUGAAGUGACACUCUACCUCCUCUCCCUUCUUGUCCUUCGGCUCCAAGAUCUGCCUUCUGGGAUGGAGAAGCUAGGCAGUGAGAUUGCAACUCUCUUUACACAUUCACACGUUGUGUCUCUUGUGAGUGCAGCAGCCUGUCUGUUGGGACAGCUUGGUCAGCAAGGGGUGACUUUUGACGUCCAGGCCAUAGAAUGGAUAGCUGCGGCUACACAUGCCCUGUCUGCCCCUGCGGAGGUCCGGCUGACUCCACCAGGUGGUUGUGGGUUCUACGACAGUCUCCUUAUCCUUCUGCUGCAGCUCUUCACCCAGCAGGGUAAGGCUAGCCUGAUAAGGGAUGUGGCUAACUCAGAAAUGUGGGCCAUUCUGUGGCACCGCUUCUCCAUGGCCCUCAGGCUACCUGAGGAGGUGUCUACACAGGAAGAACAGCUGUCCCCAUCCAGUCUACAAAGCCCAGAGCCAGAUUGGACACUGAUCUCACCCCAAGGAAUGGCAGCCCUGCUGAGUCUGGCUGUGGCCACCUUCACCGAGGAUCCCCAGUUAUGCCUGAGCCAUUUUUCCCAGCAUGGAAGUAUCCUCAUGUCCACCCUGAAGCACCUGCUUUCCCCCGGCUUCCUACAUCAGCUGGGCCAGGCGCCUCAUGGAUCUGAGUUUCUCCCGGCUGUUGUGCUCUCUGUCUGCCAGCUCUUCUGCUUCCCCUUUGCCCUGGAUCUUGAUGCUGACCUCCUUGUAGGUAUCUUGGCCGACCUCAGAAACUCAGAGGUUGCAACCUACCUGCUGCAGGUCUGCUGCCAUCAUCUUCUGUUGCCACAAGUCGAGCUGCCCAUCAGCCUCCUCACACACCUGGCCCUCACGGAUCCCACCUCUCUCAGCCAGUUUGUGAGCACGGUGACUGCCUCCCCUAGCACCGUCAUCUCAUUCCUCUCAGUUGCCCUCCUGGGUGACCAGCCACUGCUAACCUCUGACCUUCUCACCCUGCUGGCCCACACAGCCCGGGUACUGUCUCCCAGCCACUCGUCCUUUAUCCAAGAACUCCUGGCUGGCGCUGAUGAAUCCUACCGGCCCCUUCGUUGCCUGCUGGGCCACCCAGAGAAUUGCGUGCGGGCCCGCACUUAUGGGCUUCUGGGACACUUGCUCCAACACAGCCUGGCCUUGCGUGGGGCGCUGCAGAGCCAGGCUGGACUGCUUAACCUUCUACUGCUGGGGCUUGGAGACAAGGACCCUGCUGUGCGGCGCAGUGCCAGCUUUGCUGUGGGCAAUGCAGCCUACCAAGCUGGUCCUCUGGGACCUGCCCUGGCAGCUGCAGUGCCCAGUAUGACCCAACUGCUUGAAGAUCCUCAGGCUGGUAUCCGGCGCAAUGCUGCAUCAGCCCUGGGGAACUUGGGGCCUGAGGGCAUAGGGGAGGAGCUGUUAGAGUGUCAGGUACCCCAGCGGCUCCUCGAGAUGGCAUGUGGAGACCCCCAGCCAAAUGUGAAGGAGGCUGCCCUCAUUGCCCUCCGGAGUCUGAGGCAGGAGCCCUGCAUCCAUCAGGUGCUGGUAUCACUGGGUGCCAGUGAGAAAUUAGCCCUGCUCUCUCUGGGGAAUCAGUUACUGUCCAGUGGUAGUGGACCCAGGCCUGCCUCUGCCAAACACUGCAGGAAACUCAUUUACCUCCUGAGGCCUACCCACAGUAUGUGAUUCCAGAUUCCUGGGGUCCAAGCCUCCAACCUUCCUUGCCCUACCAUUGCCAACUCUUCCUUUUUCUACUACACAAGCCACCAACUCAACCAGGAGCUCAAGAGACUGAAAAAAUAGAAUUACGUAAGCUGCCAACUCAACUGAGAACAAGAACCUAAGAGAGAUUUAUACAUAAAGCUGGUUGAAAUUCAGGAUGAUUUCAACCAGUAAACUUCAUUGCUGAAGAAAAUUCCUUCCUUCUCAACAUCCAGGGUUUUGGUUUUCUCCCAAUAAUGUGCCUUUAACCUCAGGAACUUGCCUCCCAGACCUUAGGGGAAACACUUUCUGCCUGAGAGAUCUCUUCCUUUCUGGAGGUCCUAUAAUCUUCCCAGAAAGUUCUUGCUUUAGGUGUACUGGCUCCAGGACAGUGAUGAAGAUAGAGCCUGUCUCAGUUCUAGGCUAUGGAGAUAAAUGCCACCAGUCCCUGUUGUUGAGUCCCCAGACCUUAGCCCACAUCAUUCUCAUCUAUGGGUGGAGGCUGAGAAUAUAUCUUUUUUUGUAGUUCUGUUUUGUAAACUCUUUUAAUAAAAGAUGUGCCUCACCCUACUUGGAGCUACUAAGGUAAGGGAUUGGGAGGCUUAGCCCC